CCCUACCACACUAUAUUUACUAUGUAUCCUCAAGAGAUUUCCUAUUUGUCUAUCUAUAUUUUCCCCCCAUCCUUUUCAGUUUCCCUUCUUCCCCUCAGGCUGUUUAAUUAUUAAAAUCUGCUGCCUAUUAUUCAUGCGUGUGUGCAAAAAAAAAUUCUUUGCUUGGAUAUCAUGUGAUUGCUACACCUGCCAAGGUUUCGAACCCGGGUUGUUGACGCGAAAAUGCACAUUCUUGACCACUGGACUAUGCUUCUCUAGCUUGUCAAAGGUUAUACCAGCCUCAGAGUAUAUUUAUACAAUCCAUGACAUGGAUAAACAUUUUAUUGUUUGUCUUAAGAAAAAAAAAUGUUCUUGCCAUGCAUUUCAAUUGGACGAGAUACUGUGUGUGCAUGUUUGUGCAGUACUUGAUAGCAAGAGUUUUCAAAAGGGUCCAUAUUGCUAUUAUCUAUACAAGCUAAAAAUUGUGUUAAGAACGUAUGAUCUUCCCAUUUACCCUCUACAACACAAAAUGAGUGGAUAAUUCCACAGGAGAUAUUGGAGGAGAUAGUUUUGCCCUCAAAAUACAAGAGAUCCCCUGGGAGACCUGCAAAGAAGAAUCGUGAAAAAUUAAGAAGAGAUAUGUCAGAAAAAAAAUAAAAAUUAUUGUAGUUCAUUCAUAAUAGACGUUCAUGUAGAAAAUAUAAUAAAUGAUAAGUUUAUUGAUGUAUUCAGUCAAAAAAUAACUGCUUCAU